CCUUGUGGAUGAGGGUCAAAGUUCAAUCCAAGAUGGCCGCCGUGAAAGACAUCGUAACUUUGGUGCUCGACAAAGACCACAAAACCACGGUUACCGUCCACUUGCACGGUGCCACCGUCCUGGCGUGGAAAGCACAGGGCAAGGAACUCCUCUUCGUCAGCGACAGGGCCGUCUACGACAACAAGAAGGCCAUACGAGGCGGAAUUCCCCUCGUUUUUCCCAACUUCGGUCCGUGGGCGCUCGGUCCACAGCAUGGCUUUGCGAGGAUCUCGCGGUGGAAGUUGGAACAGAAGCCGGAAAAGGACGACUCGGGAGCCAUGACUGCAGUCUUCACCCUGACGGACAACAAGGACACCAGGAAGAUGUGGGACCACAAGUUCAAGUUGACCUACACGCUGCACUUGACCGAGAAAACCUUCAAAACGACGCUGAAGGUGGACAACACAGGUGCCGAAACUUUCACUUUCACCACCCUGUUACACACCUACUUCAGGACGGACGACAUUACCAAGGCAACGGUUUCUGGACUGAAGGGACUGGAGUAUGAGGACAAGGUACGCGGAGACGGCAAGUUCACAGAAGACCGUGAGCUCGUGACAGUGGCGGAAGAAGUUGACCGAACUUACGCCAGCACACCCAACAGUCACAUCAUUACAGGAGUUAUUGGUGGAGGCAAAGUCCAUAUGGAGAAGACCAACCUUCCCGACACCGUGGUCUGGAACCCGUGGGUCGACAAGGCCAAGGCCAUGGGGGACUUCGGAGAUGACGAGUAUCCCAGCAUGCUUUGCGUGGAGGCGGGUCACGUGGCCACGCCCCUGUCGCUUGGUGCUGGUCAGUCCUUCACCGGCAGCCAGACUCUGACCUUGAUGGACGAAUAGGGGUCAGCGUUACGCUGUCUUUUGUAAGAUGUCCGUUUGAUGGAAAGCUCCGCCCACCAUUCAUAGCUAUCAAUUUUCAUUAUUGUGACCAAUCACAAUGACACUUGCAAAUUUUGCCCACCAUAAGUAGCUGUCAAUCAUCAUUGUAAUGACCAAUCACAGUAACAGUUGGAAAUUUGCCCACAUUGAAGUAGCUGUCAAUAAUCGUUGUUGUGACCAAUCACAACAGCAUUUGGCAACUUUGGCCACCAUUUGUAGCUGUCAAUCAUGACUGUCGUAACCAAUCAUGGUAGCCUUUGGAAACCCCGCCCACCAUUUGUUGUGAUACAUGUAGAUCAUCAUUGUUGUAACAAGUCAGCAUUUGGAAAGUUUACCAUUAGAAAUAACAUGUCACAGUAGCUGUAUCAAAACAAUACAUGUAUGUACAUGUAUGAGAGAAUUGAAGCAAGCAGAGGACUACAACUGGUUUUAAAAAGAUAAGAUGGUUCACUGACUAAUAAAACUUUAGAGGUAAUAA